CAACGACCUUUUCCUUGCUCUCGUCUUGCCCUCCAUCACCACAUCUCUCGCCCAGAGCUGGUUUUUGGGAGCUCCUUUGAGACCCCGAAUCAUAGCUUAGCUCAUUCAUGUCCUGCUACUUUCUUGUUCAUUGCCACAAAUUCCACCAAAAAUCACCUUCUCACUGGUCGGCCUACCCUCACUCGGUGAACUAAAGCAGCCUUCCAACUACACUGCAAUACAAUCGAUCGAAAGCCUGCACCUGGAUAGAGCUUCUAGUUCAGCAAGCCAUCCUAAACACCAUCUCUCCGCACCUCCGGAAAAAUGCCAGAACGCCCUCCUCCCAAUCCUGUCCCACAAAGCUCGAUACCAGGUUACCGGCCCGCUCCAUAUUUCACACGUGGCAAUAAGUGGCUGUUAGCCAGCUUUUUCUUCAUCCCCACCAUUAGCUACAUCUGGCUAAAGCGACUGGAAGCAAAAUCGAGGCAAGAGAACAAGAUCAUGGAAGAGGAAGGUCGAAAGAAUUGGAUUCAAACUGAACGCCAGCGUCUGGCGAGUAAAGACUUGAGCGUCACCGUUGGAAGGAGUGGCGGUGGUGUAUGAUGUUAUCCACGCAGUUGUAAAAACUAUCACUCUGCCAUGUCGCUGUGGACCCGAACCAAUCUGCCGAUAUAAUCUCACAUCCACAACUUCUACGAGGUCGGUCAUGUCAGAUUGAAGUACAAUAUUGACCCUUCCGAUGACCCUCACGAACCAAACGGACUGAGUACUGCCAUGGACUUCUGACAACAGCUAGUCCGUCGCGCCCGCGCCGAUACGCUCUGUAAAGUCUCUGUGUCGCAGCACCCCCUCAAGCCUGAUCUUGGGAGGUACAAAGACGACGAAUUCGACUCUCAAUGAAGAUAGCGAUCACGAAACAGACCGUGACUUCUUCCCUCGGCCUCCAAUACUCCAAAGUUUGUUAUUGGUUGAGAUGCCACUCCAUAUGAACCUCAUCUAGCCGCCCAGCAUCACGGGGGCUGUGAACUCGGAAGCGGCCCUGUUCCAGAUAGCUUGGCCAAGUCGGUAGGCCGAGGAUAACCCCGACGAAGCGCGAUUUGACCGGAAGCCACUUGCUCUCAGGGCAUCUCGCUCUUGUCUCAUUAUUUGCUGACACAACCACUUCCGAGAAGAUGCCGGAUUCCGCUGUACCACAUCAUCCGCCAAUAUGAGCCACAACAUGCAGGCCAAUGUCGGGCGUGGAAGGCGGUCUUCUAGGCACAUUGUGCAAGGCCAACUAAGGACGGUAUCAGAACGAGCCAAGCAAGGCCCAUGGCAGUCCUCUGCCCUCCAAACUAUGGCAUUCCUUAGUUUCAAGUACUAAUCUUGCCAAACAUUGUUUACCUAUCGACAUACCCAUACGGGUAUUCUCUACUCUGCUCAUCACAACAUCAAUUACUCAAAUAUUCUCCACGUCACCCUCUGCGUUCUCCUCGUAAUCACUCACGACCACAAUCACCCACAUUCCGAGAAGAAGGACCGACCAGCAGAGCUCACCAUUUUCACAUCUCGUACCUUCAUAAUUACAAAUCUGCCAUCAUCACUGCCGUCGGCAUCAUUCAAAGGACCGUAAAGAAUCAAAAG